CGGUUGUGGAGGUUUGAUUCAUCAGGGGGUGUGGCUACAAAUAGUGAUAGCUCUUCACUCUUUUAGGUCUACCUCUGCUUCUACCACUCAGUUUGGCUCUCGUUACUUUUUAAAGACGGAUAUGUCCGACAUGAUGUCUUACUUUCUAUUGAUUGUGGGAUGCGUUAUUGGCAUCGGGUAUAUUUUCCACAAUUUAGUCGUCAAAGGAAACCGAUGCACAAGCACUGCUAAACUUCAUGGGAAAACUGUGAUUGUGACUGGUAGCAACACAGGGAUCGGAAAGAAGACGGCCAUAAAUCUGGCUACAAGAGGCGCCAGGGUCAUUCUUGCCUGUCGAAGUCAACAGAGAGGAGAAAUUGCUCUGGCUGAAGUCAUGGAGGAGAGCAGGAGCAAAGAAGUGGUGUUCAUGCAGUUGGAUCUUGGGAGCUUAAAGUCUGUUCGCACCUUUGCUGAGAACUUCCUAAAAACCGAAGACAGAUUGGACCUUCUGAUCAACAAUGCUGGGAUCCUUCUGCAAGGUAAGACAGAAGAUGGCUUGGGAAUGAUGUUUGGAGUCAACCACAUCGGUCACUUCCUCUUGACCAACCUACUGCUGGAGAGGCUCAAGACAUGUGGCCCAAGCAGGGUGGUCACCGUGUCCUCUGUGGGACAUAACUUUGGGAAGAUCGACUUUAAGUGUCUGAACACUCACAAGGCUUUGGGCACGGGGACCUCGUUUUGGCAAACCAUGCAGAUCUACAGUGACAGUAAACUGUGUAAUGUGCUCUUUACCCACGAGCUAGCAAAGAGACUCCAGGGCACUAAAGUCACCUGCUACAGCCUCCAUCCAGGAGCCAUAAAUUCCGAGCUUAGCCGUAACUCGAGCAAUGUGCUUAAAGCUCUGCUCAAGCCCAUCACUGCCUUCUUCUUCAAGAACACAGAACAGGGGGCCCAAACCACUCUGCACUGUGCUCUCCAGGAUGGCAUCGAAGGCCUCAGUGGCAGAUAUUUCUCCAACUGCACAGUCAGGGAUCUCUAUCCUAAAGCUAAGGAUGAUGUUGCAGCUAAAAAGCUGUGGGAGCUGAGCGAAAGACAUAGUGGACUAGUCUAAGUAGGACCUGACUCAUUAAACUACCUCUGAACCAAAU